AUGGCGGCGGGCUGGCGUGACGCUUGCACCAUCCAGCCCACUCUCCCACUCUCCCAUCCAACCCCCAUCCCUCCGCCAUCACUCGCCCUUCCGAAUGAUCAAACAAAACUUAUCUGCGGGGAACAUGGACUGCCCGCCCUCCCUCCUUGUUUCGAGACUUGA